AUGGACCAAGAGAUCACGGCGAUGCAAGAGGGUAUGCUGCAAAUUCAGCAGCAGCUGCGCGCCGAAACGUCGUCGCGGGAGGACAGCUGCAACCACCUCCUGAACCGCUUGGACGGCGAUGUCCGAGCGCGCGCCGAGGCCAGUGGCACCGAGAUCUCGCUGAAGGAGCUCAGGGCAAGGAUGGAGCACCUUCAGCAGGUGUGCGACACCCGAGACCGGGUUACCACGCAGAAGCUGUCGGAGCUGCUGUCCGCGAUCGAGAGCGAGGCCAAGGAGAGGGCUGUGGCGGACGAUGAAGUUUUGCGCAAGCAGGGCGCAACCAAGGAGGCACUCCCGGCAUUGAUCGCAGCGGAAAGGCGCCUGACCGAUGCAGCCUUGGCCAAGUUGGAGGAGGCCCUUCGUCAGGAAGACGUUGCGGAGAGGCAGCAGAGAAAUCAGGCGCUGGCUGCCUUGGAAGUGCGCUGGCAACAACUCCGCGAGGCGACCGAGGAGGCGCUCAAGCACCGUCUGGAGCAGCACAGCGGCGUUGCCUUGGAAGUGAACAAGGUGUCCGAGGCACUGCUGGAAGAGUCGAGGGCCCGGCAGCAGGAGCAGAAGGUCCUUGCGAAUGAUCUGCAGCGCCUGGGACAGGAGGUCACGGACUCGGCUGCCUCGCGGCGCUCCGCGGAAGAAGGUUUGCGAGAACAGCUCGCCCAGAUGUUGAAGCGGCUCGACCAGGCAAAAGAUGCCCAGCACAAGCAGGACGUCAGCGUUGCGACCAGCCUCGAGGAACUGCGCAAGUCCAUCAGCUUGGAAGCGGCCUCCAGGGAGUUGGCCUUCGGGCAGCUUCACAAGGACUUUCAGAACGAUGUCCUGGUUAAGGAAGAGCUGCUGAGCGCUGCCAACAAGGGCAUCCAGCGGGCCGCGGCGAAGGUCACCGAGGAAGGCCUGUAA